CUCCUCGCCAGCGCGAUGAGGAGGGAUGAUGACCACGCGCCCCGGAUUCCGAUCUUAUUGAGUCAGUUGAAGUUACGGGUCGUCGAUUCCGCGAAUUUAGCGGCGAGACAACAUGCGAGUUUUCGGAUUGAGAUGGAGUAUGGAGGCGGGAGGAUGGCGUGGAGCGUUACCCGUGAAUUUCGGGAUUUUGCGGCGUUGCAUGGAAGGUAUCGCCUCAAGGAAUUACAGGAUAAGGGAAAGGGAAAGGGGGGGAGUUGGAAGCUGCCCCGCUUUCCGCGGGAUACGAUUCCGUAUCUUAGGGAGACAUUCGCGGUUGCGCAAAGGAAGAAGUUGGAGGAGUAUUUGCAUGGGUUGAUAAGGAUAUUGAUGUUCAGGCCUGAAGCGAAUCGGUUACUCAAGUUUCUGGAGAUCUCGGCGUUGGGGAUUCGGUUGGCGGCUGAGGGGACGUAUCAUGGGAAAGAAGGGUAUUUGGUCAUCAGGGGCGGGAAGGGGAGUAAUGGCGCGAGUCGGUUUAAUCCUGUGGAGAUUCGGAAGAGGCAUAGUCCGAAGUGGUUUUUGGUGAGGCACAGUUAUAUCGUUUGUGUGGAUCAUCCGGCGGAGAUGAAUAUCUAUGAUGUGUUUUUGGUGGAUGGGGAGUUUGGGGUUACGACGCAUGGGAAGAAGAAGGUUAACGUCGCGGGGCCGGGGCCGGGGAAUUCGAAGCCGCAUUCGAGGCCGCAGUAUCAUACGUUGAGGAUUAAGAAUGCGGAGAGGGAGUUGAAGUUGUUGGGACAGAACGAGCGGACGAUUGCGCAGUUUUAUGAGUCGAUUGAGAUGAUGCGGAAAGCUACGCCGUGGAGUGAGCCUAAUCGGUUUGAUUCUUUCGCGCCGAUUCGGACGAAUGUCGCGGCGCAGUGGUUGGUCGAUGGACGCGACUAUUUCUGGAACGUGAGUCGUGCGAUAUUGAAGGCGAAGGACGUGAUUUAUAUCCAUGAUUGGUGGUUGAGUCCGGAGCUUUAUAUGCGGAGGCCAGCGGCGACGAGUCAGAAAUGGAGACUGGAUCGGUUGUUGCAGAGGAAAGCCCAGGAGGGUGUCAAGAUUUUCGUCAUUGUUUAUCAUAAUGUCGGGACGACUGUACCGAUUGAUUCGCAGUAUACGAAGUAUUCGUUGCUUGAUUUGCAUCCGAAUAUCUUUGUGCAGAGGAGUCCGAGUCAUUUGAGGCAGAAUACGUUUUUCUGGGCGCAUCAUGAGAAGAUUUGUGUUGUUGAUCAUACGAUUGGGUUUGUUGGUGGGUUGGAUUUGUGUUUUGGGCGGUGGGAUACGCCGCAGCAUAUCUUGACGGACGAUAAACCGCUUGGGUUUGACGAGGCGGAGAGAGGGGAGUCGGUUGAUGAUCCCCAGAUUUGGCCUGGGAAGGAUUAUUCCAAUCCGAGAGUUCAGGAUUUCCAUGAUUUGGAUAAACCGUAUGAGGAGUUGUAUGAUCGGAGUCAGAUUCCGCGUAUGCCGUGGCAUGAUAUCUCGAUGCAGUUGUUGGGACAGCCGGCGAGGGAUUUGACGAGGCAUUUCGUGCAGCGGUGGAAUUAUCUGUUGCGACAUAAGAAGCCGAGUCGACCGACGCCAUUCCUCCUCCCACCGCCGGACUUUGGGAAGGAGGAGUUGGAGGAGUUGGGCUUGACCGGAACGUGCGAGGUUCAGAUUCUCCGGAGUGCGGGUAGUUGGAGUUUGGGUACGCCCGACAAGACUGAACAUUCGAUUCAGAACGCGUAUUUGAAGUGUAUCGAGAAGAGUGAGCAUUUCGUUUACAUCGAAAACCAGUUCUUCAUCACGAGCACGGAUGUCGAUGGUGAGAUGAUCGAGAACUCCAUCGGAGAUGCGUUGGUUGAGAGGAUUGUCCGCGCGUACAGGAAUGAUGAGCACUGGCGAUGCGUGUGUGUUAUUCCGCUCAUGCCUGGGUUCCAGAAUACUGUCGACGCAGCGGAUGGUAGCAGUGUGCGUUUGAUCAUGCAUUGUCAGUAUCGCUCUAUCUGUCGUGGACCGAACUCAAUUUUUGGUCGGUUAGCGGUGGAGGGGAUCGAUCCGGAGGAUUACAUCACUUUCUUCGGAUUGAGGGGAUGGGGCGAGGUCGGUACCAACAAUACGUUGGUGACGGAGCAGAUUUAUAUUCAUGCGAAGACAAUGGCCGUGGAUGAUCGUGUCGCCAUCAUCGGGUCUGCGAAUAUCAAUGAGAGAAGUAUGCGUGGAAACAGAGACUCCGAGGUCGCAGCUGUGAUCCGCGAUACGGAUUUGCAGGAGAGUAUGAUGGGUGGAAAACCCUACCUCGUCGGACGAUUCGCACACUCGUUGAGGAUGAGGUUGAUGAGGGAGCAUCUGGGUGUUGACGUUGAUGGUAUUGAGCAGGAGGAGCGGCAAAUGGAUGGAUUGGAUAAGAAGGCUACGUGGCAGGAUGUAGAUGAGUGGCAUCCGGACCGUGAGGAGGGGAUUGGUGGGAAGGGAGCGGUGGAUUUGCAGUCGAACCCGGAUGACGCGUUGUCAGAUGUUAUGAGCGAGCGGACUGGACAUUCGUUUAACCAUGAUGCUGACGAGCUCGAGGGUCCGGAGAAUAUCACGAGUGGCAAGCCGAAGAGUGGGGACGCGCGUGUUACGAACAACGCCGAUCACAGGCGUAGUGUCGCUGGUGCGACGGAGCAUGACGCUGCCGAGCACGAGCGGAAGCAGAAGAAGGGGAUGUAUGGUGGUCCUCGAGCGCGCGAGUUUAAGAACUCUGGUGAUUGUGCUCUUGACCCGGCUAAUGCGGAGCAUGUUAAGCUCGUCGAAGAGAAUGGAAAGGUCGUGGAUGCUACGCUUGAGCCGGUCACAGUCGCCGAGUAUGGAAGUGUCUCUACGGAUGGUGUUCAGCUCGCGGGUGGUAUCCCUGGCGUUAUGGAGAGAUCUUCGAAGCCCAGAAGUUCUUUGGAAAAAGUCGAGGUCAGAAGGACUAGCGUGGACAAGCUGGGAGACGGUAAAGGAAGCGUGACACAAAGGGCUGGACACAACCGUCCUCCCAAUAUCUCGAUCACGAGUCCCGAGCCUGAACCCAAGCCCAAGGCGGACAAGGAGAGGCUCUCUCCACCCGAGCACAGGGGCCAUAGCCGCAACACAUCUUGGGGAUCUCGAGGCAGCGGCACUAGGAUUGACACACCUCCCAUCCACGUCUCUACAGUCACCGGCCGCACCAUCCCCAUCAUCAACCCCCACAACUUCCGUGACCCUCUUGCUGACGAAUUCUUCUUGGACGUCUGGUCCGCCUCCGCCCUAAACAACACCGAGAUCUUCCGCAAAGUGUUCAGACCGAUGCCAGACGACAACGUGCAGACGUGGAAACAGUAUAAACUGUAUAGCGCGUAUCAGGAACGGUUGGCGAUGGCGCAGGGUGCGAAGGAGGGGAAGAUGAAGGCACAGGAGGAGGCGCCGGGGCAUAGUGGGCCUGCUGGCGGGUUGGGGCAGGAGAACGAGAGGUUGGGGGAUGAGGCUAUACGGAGUCCGGUGCCGAUUGGCGAGGAUGGACAUGGUGGGUCCGCUUCUGGGCACCAGCGUGUGCGGUCACAGGACCUUAACGGGGUUUCGAGGUCUGGGAGUCAGUCUCACCGCGGCCGCAGGAGAGCCGGGACGUUGAGGAGGAGCGAUCUUGGGUGGACGACUGAGGACCUGAGUGAUCGCGAGAGCAUGAAGAAGAUGUUGGGUGAGUUGAGGGGUCAUUUGGUGCAGUGGCCUAUGCAGUGGUUGGUAAAGGAGGAUGAGGCUGGGAAUUGGUUGUACCCGGUGGAUCGAUUACCGCCGUUGGAAAUCUACGACUAA